AUGGGUGGUGACCUGAAGAAAAUCCAAGUGACAGGGCAGUACCUGAUCGAAAUAUGGAAAGCUGUGGGGAUGAAUCUUGAAGGAGGUCAAGUUGAAUUUCUGUGGUCUUCUGAGGAGAUUAAUUCUCGGGCUCAUGAGUACUGGCCUCUUGUUAUGGACAUAGCAAGGAGGAACAAGCUUCCUAGGAUAGUCAGAUGUUGUCAAAUUAUGGGCCGCUCGGAGCAAGAUGAAUUGUCGGCAGCUCAGAUUUUCUAUCCGUGCAUGCAAUGUGCUGAUAUAUUUUUUCUUAAGGCUGAUAUCUGCCAACUGGGCAUGGACCAAAGGAAAGUAAAUGUGCUCGCAAGGGAGUACUGUGACGACAUCAAAAGGAAAAAUAAGCCGAUUAUUUUAUCCCACCAUAUGCUCCCAGGUCUGCAAGAAGGACAGGAGAAGAUGUCUAAGAGUGAUCCAUCUUCUUCCAUUUACAUGGAAGAUGAAGAGGCCAAUGUGAAUUUGAAAAUAAAGAAGGCAUUUUGCCCCCCAAAAGUUGUGGAAAAGAACCCAUGCCUGGAAUACAUCAAGUACAUCAUUUUCCCAUGGUUCAACGAGUUCACAGUCGAGCGAAAACCAGAGAAUGGAGGUGACAAGACUUAUAAGAAUUUCAAAGAUUUAGCUGGUGAUUAUGAAAGUGGGGAAUUGCACCCUGGGGAUCUCAAACCUGCUCUAGCCAAAGCGUUGAACCAAAUUCUACAGCCGGUCCGUGACCAUUUCAACACUGAUCCUAAAGCUAAGGACCUGCUGAAACGGGUGAAGCUUCUGAUAACUGACAUCGUAAACGAAUCUCACGUUCUGCUGCUGAUACGAGCCGAGUAUUGUCAUAUUAUGCAUCCCAAUCAUCGCCAGUCAAAAUCUGUCCCCCUCGACGUGGAACAGAUUUGCGGGCCCCAUGUCCAAGUCAGCAUUCUGGAAAUGAAAGGUCAUGUUCGGGUAGCUUCUGAAUCCUCGAGGAAGCCGAUAGCAGAACGAGUCAGCCAGAAAGCCGCUCGAGACACCAGUUAUCCUCGUCAGCUUAUAUUUCUCGAAAUACAGUAUGAGCACCCUCCGAAUUUCGUUGUAUGCUCGGAUUUCGAUCACGCUCUCGCCACAACCUGCAUCCAACAUGCAGCCUCCCGAGAAGGUCCCAACCGGUAG